ACGCCCACCCCCGAGCCCAUCGCCAUCGUGGGCAUGGGCUGCCGCUUCCCAGGCGGGGCCAACACCCCGUCCAAGCUGUGGGAGCUGCUGUGCGCCAAGCGCGACGUGCAGCGGCGCAUCCCAAGCGACCGGUUCGACGUCGACGCCUUCUACGACGCGGACGGCGAGCGGGCCGGCUGCCUCAACGUGAAGGAGGCCUACACGCUGGACGAGGACAUCGCGCAGUUCGACGCGGCGUUCUUCAAGACGAACGCCCUGGAGGCGGAGGCCAUGGACCCGCAGCAGCGGCUGCUGCUGGAGACGGUGUACGAAGCACUGGAGUCGGCGGGCGGGGUGCUGGAGGACCUGCAUGGCUCCGACACGGCCGUGUACGUCGGGGUCAUGACGGGCGACUACCACGAGCUGCUGCUGCGCGACCCGGAGGACAUGCCCAAGUACAUGGCCACGGGCACGGCGCGCAGCAUCCUGGCGAACCGCAUCUCGUACUUCUUCGACUGGACGGGGCCCUCCAUGACCAUCGACACCGCCUGCUCGUCCAGUCUGGUCGCCGUGCACGAGGCCGUCCAGGCCCUGCGCCAGGGCCGCUCCACCCUCGCCUGCGCCGCCGGCGCGAACCUCAUCCUCGGCCCCGAGAUGAUGAUCUCCGAGUCCAAGCUGCACAUGCUCUCGCCCACCGGCCGCAGCCGCAUGUGGGACGCGGCUGCUGAUGGCUACGCCCGCGGCGAGGGCUUUGCGGCCGUCAUGCUCAAGACGCUCAGCCAGGCCGUCGCCGACGGCGAUUAUGUGCACGGCGUCAUCCGCGAGACCGGCGUCAAUUCCGAUGGACGAACGAACGGGAUCACGCUCCCCGGCGCCGACUCGCAGACGGCAUUGAUCCGACAGACGUACGCACGCGCCGGGCUGGACAUCGAGUCGCAGCGGUGCCAGUACUUCGAGGCGCACGGGACGGGCACCCCGGCUGGCGACCCGAUCGAGGCGCGCGCGAUCCACAACGCCUUCUUCGGCUCGUCGACGGAGCAGGCAGAGCCGCCGCUGUACGUCGGGUCGGUGAAGACGGCCGUGGGCCAUCUGGAGGGCACGGCGGGGCUGGCGGGGCUGGUCAAGGCGGUCGAAGCCGUGCGGCGCGGGGAGAUUCCCCCGAACAUGCUGUUCGAGUCGCUGAACCCGGAGAUCGAGCCGUUCUACCGCCGUCUCGCGGUGCCGACGGAGAUGAUUCCAUGGCCGGCGGUGCGGGGGGGAGAGCCGCGGCGGGCCAGUGUGAAUUCUUUCGGAUUCGGCGGAACCAACGCCCACGCUAUCGUCGAGUCGUACGACAACCCUCAUCGCCGCCCCUCGUCGGCUGCUGCCUCCCUCUACACACCCCUCGUCCUCUCCGCCAACUCCGAGACCUCGCUGCGCGGCCAAGUUGAGGCCCUGCACACAUACCUCUCCAGCACCGACACCCCCGUCCCAGACAUCCUCCACACCCUGCAGACGCGCCGCUCGCAACACCCCGUCCGCGUGAGCUUCUCCGCCGCCGACCGCGCCACCCUGUGCACCGCGCUCUCCCAAGCGAUCGCCAGCGAAUCGACCCUCGGCACCCGCAUCGACAAGAAAGCGGCGACACCGCGCAUCCUCGCCGUAUUCACAGGGCAAGGCGCGCAAUGGCCGACCAUGGGGCGGGAGAUCCUGCACGCCUCGCCAGCGGCCCAGCAAACCCUAUCAACCCUACAAUCCGCGCUAGACACCCUCCCCGACGCGCCGAACUGGUCCCUGGCCACCGAACUCCUCGCGGACAAAGACACCUCGCGUCUCAGCUCCGCCAGCGUCGCGCAGCCGCUCUGCACGGCCGUGCAGAUCCUGCUCGUCGACCUCCUCCGUCUCGCCGGGAUCACCCCUAACGUGGUCGUCGGCCACUCGAGCGGCGAGAUCGCCGCCGCGUACGCCGCGGGUAUGAUCUCCGCGACGGACGCGAUCCGCAUCGCGUACUACCGCGGCGUGCACGCGGGGCUGGCGCGGGGGCAGAACGGGCAGCGCGGCGGGAUGAUGGCGGUGGGGAUGGCGUACGACGAGGCGGUGGAAUUCUGCGAGGAGCGGUUCGCGGAGCGGGUGGAGGUCGCGGCUAGUAAUGCGCCGAGUAGCGUGACGUUAUCUGGGGAUGAGGAUGCAAUCGCCCAGGCGAAGGCGAUCCUCGAUGAGCGCGGCGUGUUUGCGCGAACCCUCCGGGUGGAUACCGCGUACCACUCCGCCCAUAUGAUUCCUUGCUCGGAGCCGUACCUCGACUCCCUGGCAGGAUGUGAGAUCGCUCCGCGCGAGGCGAGGGAGGGCUGUGUCUGGGUCAGCAGUGUGCACGGCGCGCGCAUGGAGGGAUAUCGUGUGGACAGCCUGGCUGGGGAGUACUGGAACGAUAAUAUGGUCAGUCCGGUGAUGUUCGCCACCGCCGUGGAGAUGGCGCUCAGCGAGGAAGAGGCGUGCGACGUGGCCAUCGAGAUUGGCGCGCAUCCCGCCCUCAAGGGGCCCUUCACGCAGACCGCCAAGCAGGUGGCACCCAGCGGUGGGGCUGCGCCGCUGCCCUACACCGGGACGCUGAGUCGUGGACAGCACGACAUUGUGGCCAUCAGCGAGACGCUCGGGUUCCUGUGGACGCACCUGGGGUCCAAGGCGGUCGACUUCCCGGCGUACAGCUCGGCGUUCUCCGACAGACUGCCGCAGUGGGUGCCCGACUUGCCGCGGUACAGUUGGGACCACCGCCAGUCCUUCUGGCGUGAGUCCACGAGAUCUGCCAACUUCCGGUCGCGGGCCCCGCGGCACCCGUUGCUGGGGGUGCGGUCGAAUGAGGACCUCGACCAGGAGAUGCGCUGGGCGAUCACCCUGCGCACGCGGGAGCUGCCCUGGCUGGAGGGACACAAGGUCGAGGGGCAGGUCAUCUUCCCCGCGGCCGCGUAUCUGGUCAUGGCGAUGGAGGCGGCCCACCAGCUCGUGGGCGCGGGCCAGACGGUGCAGCUGCUGGAGCUGGGCGACGUAGAGAUCGCGAACGCCAUCCCGCUGCCCGAGGACGGGAAGGGGGUGGAGGUGCAGUUCACGCUGACCCCGUCCCCGACCAACUCCAAAUCCGCAACCAGGACCGCGCAGUGGGCGUGCUACGCCCGCACCGCGGGGAAUGGCAAGGCAGCGUGGCGGAGUAACGCGCGCGGCACCGUGCAGGUUAUUCUGCGUUCUGCAGCUGACGCGGACGCGGACGCGGACGCGGACACGGACGGGGACACGGACAUCCUCCCGCCGCGCAGCCCGUCGAGCGGGUUGUUCCACGCGGUGAAGACGGAGCGGUUCUACGAGGCCCUCACGGCCAUCGGGCUGCACUACACGGGUCCGUUCCGGGGGCUGGACGGCGUGCAGCGGCGGUCCGGGACGGCCACGGCCACGGCGGCGCAGAUCCCCACCGCGAAGCUGGGCGUGCCCAUCCACCCGGCCGUCUUGGAUGCGGCCUUCCAGACGCUCUUCGCGGCCUACUGCUGGCCCGAGGACGGGAGCCUGCGCGCGCCGUUCGUGCCGACGGGACUAACGAGUCUGCGCAUAGUCAACCGCGACAUCGUGCAGGAGAGUGCCCAGCUCACCGUGGACGCCUGCAUCACCCACUCCUCCGGCACGACGAUCGUCGCCGACUUGGACCUGUACAGCCCCACCCACGCGGGAUUGAUCCAGCUGCAAGGCCUCCGGUGCUCCAGCCUGACACCACCCGGCCCACGGGACUACAAAGAACUCUACUCGCAGACCGCGUGGGAAGUCGACCUAUCCAGCGGACUCGCGCCCCUCAACACUACCACCACCACCACCACCAGCAACGCCAGCCCAGCAAGCUCGGACUCCGACUCCGACUCCCCGACCGACCUGGAACUCGUCGACCUGUGUGAACGUCUCGCAUACUACUACCUCCGGCACCUGAAAACGGUGACCCCGCGCAGCGAAGUCCCAAAAAUGGAAUGGAAUUUCCAGCGCAUCUUCGCCUGGAUCGACCACCUCUUCCCCAUCAUCGCCGCCGGCAAGCACCCGACCAUCCGCCCCGAAUGGUCCAACGACACAAAACCCCACCUCCUCAGUCUGGCAUCGGCAUACCCCGACUCAGUGGACCUUCAACUCAUCCGCGCCGUCGGCGAGCACCUCCCCGCCGUCGUGCGCGGGGAGGCCUGGAUGCUGGAGCACAUGGUUGCGAACGACACGCUGGACCGGUUCUACAAGAGCGGGCUGGGGUUCGCGCGGGCGAACGGGUCCAUGGCGCGGGCGGCGGCGCAGAUCGCGCACCGGUACCCGCGGGCCCGGAUCCUGGAGAUCGGGGCGGGGACGGGCGGCGCCACGAAGGGGAUUCUGGAGGGGCUUGAAAGCAGGUUUGAGUCGUACACCUUUACAGAUAUCUCGACGGGGUUCUUUGAGGCCGCUGCGACGCAGUUUGAGCGGUGGGUGGGGAUGGGGAAGAUGCAGUUUAAGGCGUUGGAUGUGGAGAGGGAGCUUGGCGCGCAGGGGUUUGAGGAGGGGGCGUUUGAUGUUAUUGUGGCGUCGAAUGUGCUGCACGCUACAAAGUCGCUGCGCGCGACGAUGGAGAAUGUCAGGCGGUUGUUGAGGCCGGGGGGCUUUUUGUUGUUGUUGGAGGUCACGAGUGAGAUUGUGCGCGUGAAGUUGAUGAUGGCGGGUUUGCCGGGGUGGUGGUUGGGCGGCGAGGAUGGGCGGCCGUAUGGGCCGACGAUUCCGGUCAGUCAGUGGGAUGCUCUCCUGAAAGAGACGGGGUUCGCUGGUGUCGAUCAUGUGGUCAAUGACUUUGUUGAUGAGUCCAAGUAUAUGACCUCGGUGAUGGUGACGCAGGCGAUGGAUGAGGAUGUGCGGGUGCUGCGCGAGCCGUUGACGGCGGGCUGGACGCUGCCGCCUGUUACGGUUGUUGGGGGACGGAACGGGGGUCUGGCGGAGCGGGUUGUCGAGGCCCUCGGGGCUGGGGGGAGGGCUCAACUGGUCGAGAACUUGGAGGGGCUGUUCGUCCAGCCGGAUGUCUCCGUUACCUCGUUGGUGAUUCUGGAGGACUUCGACCGCCCCGUGCUGGAGGACUUCACCCCGCGCAAGUUGGAGGCGCUGCAGCGCGCUCUCCCCGAGUGCAGGCAGCUGCUCUGGGUGUCCGGCCAGUGCCGCGAGAAGAACCCCUACGGCAACAUGGCCAUCGGGCUGUGUCGUGCGGUCGCUGCGGAGCAGCCGCAUAUCCAGUUCCAGCACCUCGACAUCGAAGACGUGAUGGAUGCAGGUGCUGCGAAGGCUGUGGCUGAGGCGCUGGUGCGGUUGGUCUUCGCCGCGCAGACGCGUCUGGCGACCAAGAACGUCCUGUGGGCCUGCGAGCCGGAGCUGGUGCGCGAGAAUGGACAGUGGCUUGUUCCGCGGAUUGUUCCGGACAAGCAGCUGAAUGACCAGCUGAAUGCGCGCAAGAUGGUCGUGCAGGGCACGGCUGCAUCGGAGAAGCUAGAGCUGGUGAAGCAGGCGGAUCGGUAUGUGCUGUCGCCUGCGCUGCCGUCUGUUGUGGCGAAGGAUGCUGCGGUGGAGGUCAACGUUGCGCACACGCUGGUGAAUGCGGUGCUGCUGGAUGGAAGCUCGGUUUGUAUUGCAUCGGGCAGCUUGUUGGAUAAGCCUGAUGUCCAGGUUGUUGCGUUCACCGACUCAGUAGGAUCGGUGGUUACUGCGUCUGAGGAGAUGGUGUUCCCUAUUGACAACGCCAGCCCGUCGCUCCUCCAGACCAUUGCUUUCGGGCUUGUCGCUGAUGACUGGCUGCAUGCCUUGUCGGCUGCGGAUACCCUGGCUCUCCACCAUGCGGAUGAGCAGCUCGGCCGUGUGUUGAGGAGCAAGGCUGCGGAAGCAGGCAUGACGGUGGUUGAUGUGCGCACGCAUGCCUAUGCCUCGGAGCGCAGCAUCCGCACGCAGAUCCCCCCAUCCACCAAGCUCCUCGUUGACUUUGCCGAGUCGUCUGUGCCGUGGGAGCGCAUCCUCCCUGCGCAGUGCAAGAUCCGCAAUCCCGACAUCGUCAUCGCUCCUGCAGCCAACACGGCCAAUCUGAACAACUCCAAACUGCAGAAGGCCAUUUCCUGGGCGCAGCAGCAGCCCGCCGACAUCACCCUCGAGACCAUCCCGGCUGCAGAGCUGGCCAACACGCCCACGCCUCCCUACCACGCCAUCGUCACCUUCACCCCCUCCACACCUAUCCCCACCAUCACCCGCCCAAUCAACCCAGCGCUACUCUUCCGCCCCGACAGAACCUACCUCCUAGUCGGCUGCACCGGCGGCCUCGGCCAAUCACUAUGCAGAUGGAUGGUCCUCCACGGCGCGCGCCACCUAGCCCUGACCACGCGCAACCGCACGCGCAUCUCCAGCACCUGGCUAGCCGACCUAGCCCAACUCGGCGCGAACGUCCGGCUCUUCGAAGCCGACGUCGCCGACAUGGGCUCACUCACCACCAUCCACCGCGAGAUAACCAGCAGCAUGCCGCGGAUCGCCGGAAUCGCGAACGCGGCCAUGGUGCUCUCGGACCGGUCCUUCGGCGAGCUCCAGCCCUCCGACUUCAGCACCGUCUUUGGCCCCAAGGUCCAGGGCACGAAGAACCUGGACACGCUGUUCCACACCGAAAACCUGGACUUCUUCAUCAUGUUCUCGUCGCUGGCCAGCAUCGUCGGCAACCGGGGCCAGAGCAACUACGUCGCGGCCAACCUGUUCAUGUCGACCGUGGCGGCGCAGCGGCGGGCCCGCGGGCUCGCGGCCUCGGUGUUCCACAUCGGCAUGGUGCUGGGCGUCGGGUACGUGAGCACCACGGGCGUGUAUGAGACGACCCUCCGCCAGUACAAGUACAUGCCCAUCGCGGAACCGGAGUUCUGGGAUAUGUUCGCCCAGGCGAUCGUCAUCGGCCACCCCACCCUGUCUGGCGGGCAUGCGCCGGAGAUGAUCACGGGAUUGCAUAGACACAGUCUCCGCGAGGAGGCCGGAAAGGCGUUCUGGGCGGAGAAUCCGCGGUUCAGUCUGCAUACGCUGCAGGAGGAGAGUCAGACGGUGGUGACGGAUGCGUCGUCGGCCAAGCAGGUGCCGUUGGCCGAGGCGGUCGCGGAGGCGGGAAGCUUGGAGGCGGUGGACGGCGUGAUCCAGGAUGCGUUUGUCGGGAAGAUGGAGCGGAUGCUGCAGGCGGCGAAGGGGUCGAUUGAGCGCGGUCAGCCGCUGAUCAACUUGGGGGUGGACUCGUUGAUUGCCGUCGAGAUCCGGUCGUGGUUUCUCAAGGAGUUGGAGGUCGACAUGCCGGUGCUCAAGCUGGUGGGUGGCAUGUCCGUCGGGGAGUUGUGUCGCGAGGCGGCGGGGGAGGUGCUC